UCUCUGGCUCAGUCACUCUUGCUCACUCUAAAUCCAAGUAUAGAAAAAUGGAGAGAAAUCAGGAACAAAUGCCAUAUUCAAACACACCCCAGGUUCAAGUUGGAGAAGAAAAUGGUGGUGCAAAUGGAAGAGAUGAGAAGAAAGAUAGGAGAAGUAAGAUCAUUAUGGAAGUGAAAAAGCAGCUAUGGCUAGCAGGGCCUCUGAUAGCAGUGAACAUGUUGCUGUUUUGCUUACAAGUUAUAUCAGUGAUGUUUGUUGGUCAUCUUGGUGAGUUAUCUUUAUCUGGUGCUUCUGUUGGUACUUCCUUUGCAGCUGUUACAGGUUUCAGCUUGCUGAUGGGACUGUCAACUGCAUUAGAGACAUUAUCAGGACAGGCAUAUGGAGCAAAGCAAUAUGAUAUGAUGGGCAUAUACAUGCAGAGAGCCAUGUUUAUUCUCUUACUUGGUUGCAUACCCCUUGCUAUUAUUUGGGCAAACACAAGAUCCAUUCUAACUUUGCUUGGCCAAAAUGCUGCAAUAGCUGCAGAAGCCGGACAAUAUGCUCUUUUUAUGAUUCCGAGCAUUUUUGCCUAUGCUCUUCUUCAAUGCUUCUUCAGAUUUUUACAGACCCAAAACAUUGUUUUCCCAAUGGUUCUUAGCUGUGGAAUCACAACUUUACUCCAUGUUUUUAUGUGUUGGAUUUUGGUUUUUAAAUCUGGACUUGGAAACAGAGGCGCUGCCAUGGCAAAUUCCAUCUCUUAUUGGAUCAAUGUGCUAUUGUUGGGACUUUAUGUCAAAUUCUCGUCUUCAUGUGCAAAAACUUGGACAGGGUUUUCAAAGGAAUCUUUUCGAAGCAUCCCUGCUUUUCUUAAACUUGCCAUUCCUUCAGCUGUCAUGAUCUGCUUGGAGAUGUGGUCAUUUGAAAUGUUGGUUCUUUUAUCCGGUCUUCUUCCCAAUCCUAAGCUAGAGACCUCUGUUCUCUCUAUCAGCCUCAACACAGUUGGAACAGUUUGGAUGAUCCCUUCUGGACUUAGUGCUGCUGUAAGCACUCGGGUUUCAAAUGAAUUAGGAGCGGGAAAUCCAAAAGCAGCUCGUUUAUCAGUUUUGGUUGUCUUGGUCUUGGCCAUUACCGAGGGUUUAUUUGUGGCAUCAAUCCUUAUAAUGAUACGCAACUUCUGGGGCUAUGCUUAUAGCAAAGAAACAGAAGUGGUCAAAUAUGUAUCAAAAUUGAUGCCAAUUCUUGCGGUCCUUUGCUUUAUAGAUGGACUCCAGAGUGUUCUUUCAGGGAAUGCAAGAGUAUGUGGGUGGCAGAAAUUAGGAGCUUAUGUGAAUCUUGGAUCCUACUAUUUGGUGGGAAUUCCAUCAGCUGUUCUACUGGCUUUUGUCUUUCAUGUUGGUGGAAAGGGUCUGUGUUUAGGUAUAAUAUGUGCACUCGUCGUGCAACUUUUAUUUCUGUUCACUAUCACGAUCCGAACCAACUGGGAGCAAGAAGCAAAGAAGGCCACAAAAAGGAUCCAUGACUCGAAAAUACCUGUACAUGUAGUCUCCUGAUAUGCUUAAGCUAUGACUGCAUUAAAGAAACUUCACUGGAAUUUUCUAUUACAUGUACAAACUCAUGUAUGGAUCAUCAUUGGCCUAUGGUUUUACUCAACUAUUUGAUAUUAUGUGGAGUAAGCAUUUUAUCUAAAACAUAUGUACUGAAAUAAAAUACCGUUUCUUGAUAUCCAAGAACUAGUUUCUUUUUCCAUA